AGCUCAGAAGUUGAUGGCAGAGAAUUUAAGAUGGCCGUAAUGCAAAUCUUCUUCACUUUCUUCGCAGGGAUGGGCAUACUUAUUGCCACCCUCUAUGUAAAGGUUCCUUACUUUGUGCAUGAUUUCCGGUACGUUUGCAAAAUGCUCGCCAUCAAGUCCCAGAGGAUGGGCUACAGGAAGAGAGAACCUUUCUACACUCUGUUGGAUCGUUUCCUAGAUCUGGUGAAAAGCCAGCCUGGCAAACCCUUUAUCCUGUUUGAGGAUGAGGUGUACACUUACCAGGAUGUGGACAAGCAGAGUACCAAGGUAGCCAGAGCCCUGAAGGAGUGCGUCAGGUUGGAGGAGGGGGAUACAGUAGCUCUCUUCCUGGGGAAUGAGCCCUGCUUCGUGUGGUUGUGGCUGGGCCUGGUCAAACUGGGAUGUGCUGCUGCCAUGCUUAACAUCCACAUACGGUCCAAGUCUUUGCUGCACUGCUUCACCUGCAGUGGGGCUAAAGUCCUCAUCGCAGCUGCAGAGUUGCAGGGUGCUGUGGAGGAGGUUCUGCCUGUCCUGCAGGAACAGGGUGUGCGUGUGUUUAUCCUCAGUGAGGCCUGUGACACUCCGGGCAUGGGUAGUCUGUUAGGCAGGAUCCGUGAGGCCUCUGACCAGCCUCUGUCACCUCAGGUGAGGAGCAAGGUGACCAUCAACAGCCCAGUGUUCUAUUUCUACACGUCUGGUACAACAGGUCUCCCGAAGGCAACAGUGUCGUCUCAAAACAGGGCCUGGGGACCGGCACUCCUCCUGUCCAUCGCUGGAGUGACAUCACAGGAUGUCAUUUACGUUCCACUUCCUCUCUACCACUCUUCCGGGUUUCAGGUGGGACUGACAGGUGCCAUAGAGAGAGGCAUAACAGUUGUUUUGAGGCGUAAAUUCUCUGCUUCCAAGUUCUGGGAUGAUUGCAGGAAGUACAAUGUGACAGUCAUACAGUACAUUGGUGAAACUAUGCGCUACCUCUGCAACACACCAAAGAGAGAUGAUGACAAACACCAUGUGGUCCGACGAGCCAUUGGGAACGGCAUCAGAGCAGAUGUGUGGACAACGUUCCUCGAACGCUUUGGGAACGUAAACAUUAAAGAAUUCUACGCCGCUAGUGACGGCAACUUCAGUCUGAUUAACUAUGUGGGGAAAGUCGGAGCAGUUGGUCGAGUAAACUUCAUCCACAAGAAGACCUUUCCAUAUGCACUGCUGAAGUAUGACAUGGAGAGAGAGGAGCUUGUGAGAACCUCUGACGAUCUUUGCAUUGAAGUUCCCAAGGGUGAGACCGGGCUGUUGGUGUCGAAGAUCACGGACAUCGCUCCCUUCGCGGGGUAUUCUGGGAAUCCCGAACAGACAGAGAGAAAGAGAUUGCGGGAUGUGUUUGAGAGGGGAGAUGUGUAUUUCAACAGUGGAGACUUGCUGCGGAUAGACAUGGACGGGUUCAUCUACUUCCAGGAUCGAGUAGGGGACACAUUUAGAUGGAAGGGAGAGAAUGUGGCCACCACUGAGGUUUCUGAUAUCCUCACUACGAUGGCCUCUAUCCAGGAUGCUAAUGUGUAUGGGGUCAGAGUGCCAGGGCACGAGGGGAGGAUAGGGAUGGCGGCUGUGAUGCUUCGAGAUGGAGCACAGUUUGACUGCACUGAGGCGUUUGUCCACACUGCCAACUACCUGCCAAGCUAUGCUCGGCCACGCUUCAUCAGGAUUCAGAAAACGCUUGAACUAACGGGGACAUUCAAGCAGAUCAAAGCGAAGUUAGUAGAAGAGGGUUUUGUUCCUGCCAAAAUCCAAGAGCCUCUCUUCUUUCUGGAUGAGGAACAGAAAAGUUACAUUCCUCUUACACAAGAUAUCUAUCAGUUAAUCCUAUCUGGCAGUGUAAAGUUGUAACAAAAGUCAAUGUACCCUACUGUUCUUUCAGAGGUGAAAACUUGAAGCUCCCAUAAUUGUGUUCAUGUGAUAUUUAGUCAUUUAGCAGACGCUCUUAUCCAGAGCGACUUGCAGUAAC